GGUAGCCCUAAAUGCAUGUAUGUAUAUAUGUGUGUGUAUAUGUAUAUAUAUGUGUGUGUAUGUGUAUAUAUGUGUGUAUAUGUAUAUAUAUAUGUGUGUAUUUGUAUAUAUGUGUGUGUAUAUGUAUAUAUAUGUGUUUCUAUUUCCAGUUUUUUAAGAAAUCUCCACACUGUUCUCCAUAGUGGCUGUACUAGUUUGCAUUCCCACCAACA